AUGUUCGAAGCACGUCUUCUCCGCAGCUCUAUUUUGAAGAAGGUUCUGGAGGCUAUAAAGGAUCUCCUAACACAAGCGACGUUCGAUUGUGAUGAUAAUGGAAUACAACUACAGGCAAUGGACAAUUCACAUGUGUCUUUAGUUUCACUUACUUUGCGAGCAGAUGGCUUUGAUAAAUACAGAUGCGACAGAAAUAUUUCUCUCGGCAUGAACUUGAGCAGCAUGUCGAAGAUUCUCAAAUGUGCAGGAGACAAGGACACAGUGACAAUGAAAGCGCAGGAUAAUGCUGACACUGUCACUUUUGUAUUUGAAAGCCCGAACCAAGAAAAAGUAUCAGAUUAUGAGAUGAAGCUUAUGAAUUUAGAUCUUGAACACUUGGGUAUUCCUGAAACUGAAUACAGCUGCACAAUUCGUUUGUCUAGUGCAGAGUUUGCCAGAAUCUGCCGUGACCUUUCUCAGUUUGGAGAGUCUAUGGUUAUCUCAUGUACCAAAGAAGGUGUUAGAUUCUCAGCAUCGGGUGAUAUUGGAUCAGCCAAUAUUGCAUUAGCACAAACAGCGUCAGUUGAUAAGGAAGAAGAGGCCGUCGUCAUUGAAAUGGAGGAACCUGUUACACUUACAUUCGCCUGUCAGUACCUAAACUACUUUACGAAGGCAACUUCAUUAAGCCCACAGGUUCAACUUUCCAUGUCUGCUGACGUUCCAUUAGUGGUUGAAUAUCGCAUUCCGGACAUUGGUCACAUCCGUUACUACUUGGCGCCAAAAAUUGAAGAAGAGGACGGU